GCCACCAUCUGGUCAUCAGCUUCUAGCAAGCUAGGCACAGCGACGGAAGCGAUGGCGCCUUGUGAGGAAGAGGAAGUGCCUCGUCCCGGCCCGGCACUCAUCGUGGGCGCCACCGGCUACAUCGGUCGCUUCGUGGCGGAGGCCUGCCUCGACAGCGGGCGCAGGACCUUCAUCCUCGUCCGCCCCGGCAACGCCUGCCCCGCGCGCGCGGCCUCCGUCGACGCGCUCCAGCGCAAAGGCGCCUUGGUCGUCGAGGGCCGCGUCGACGGGAAAGACGGCGGGAGGUCCGUGGAGACGGCGCUCCGCGCGCACGGCGUCGAGGUGGUGAUCUCGGUGAUGGGCGGCGCCAACAUCCUCGACCAGCUCGGCCUCAUCAAAGCCAUCCAAGCCGCCGGCACCGUCAAGAGGUUUCUGCCGUCGGAGUUCGGGCACGACGUGGACAGGGCGCGCCCGGUGGGGGCCGGGCUGGGGUUCUACGAGGAGAAGCGGCGCGUCCGGCGGGCGGCGGAGGCGGCCGGCGUGCCCUACACCUACAUCUGCUGCAACUCCAUCGCCGGCUGGCCCUACUUCGACAACAUGCACCCGUCCGAGGUGCGCCCGCCGCUCGACCGCUUCCAGAUCUACGGCGAUGGCACCGUCAGAGCGUUCUUCGUGGCUGGAACUGACAUUGGCAAGUUCACGGUCAAGGCCGCGUACGACGCCCGGAGCGUCAACAAGGUCGUCCACUUCCGCCCCGCCUGCAAUCUCCUCAGCACCAACGAGAUGGCCUGCCUCUGGGAGAGCAAGAUCGGCCGCACACUGCCGCGCGUCACGCUUAGCAAGGAGGACUUGCUCGCCAUGGCUGCGGAAGACAUCAUCCCGGAGAGCAUAGUCGCUUCGCUCACGCACGACAUCUUUAUAAACGGCUGCCAGACCAACUUCGGCAUCGACGGGUCGAGAGACGUUGAAGUAUCAAGCCUUUACCCUGACAUUCCAUUCAGGACAAUUGACGAAUGCUUCGACGACUACGCUCAUGGCCUCCACCUGGAAGAAGAAGCUGAAGAGAGCAAGAAAAGUAACGCGCCGAUGGUGGAAAGAUUGGCAGUUUAUCCUACGUGUGCUUAGACCAGAUCGAGAAGAGUGCAACCCGGCAACGUUUGUCUCGCUUUGUUUUUCUAGUUUGAGGCAUGUUUGGAUUAUCGUUUUCCUUAUAAAUAUACCCGUAAAAAAUAUACGCCCCCGCCUAUUCCUCAACAACCUCAGAUGGCACCAAUUCUGCUUUUUGCGUCUCACCUCGCGCCCUUUUCACUGCCUAUAAAAGACAGACUUUGUUUCCCGCAUGUUAUACACCUAGAUCGCAAAGGGCUGGCUGUGAACCCCGUGACAGGCACUCGAUGGGAGACGUUGACCUUGGAUCUGAAGUUGGUCAUCUUCAAUAAGGCUCCACAUCUCCUUCAGGCUUUUCGUGCAUCAUCUUCCCACCUUCAAUCAGUCUUCCCAUCUUCAAUCAGGUUCCAUGGCUUCA